AAGUGGCUUCAUUUCUCUGUGCCUCAGUGACCUCCUCGGUAAAAUGGGGAUAACGACCUAACGGAGACCGUCGAGAAGGAUUCCGACGCCGGGAUUUGGGGGCGUCCUUUGCUCACGCCGUCCCGUCUCCGGGGAGCUGCGGGCGAAGCGACUGGAAGCGGAGGACCCGGGUCCCCGGGCCGGAGACGUGAACUCAAGCCACCGGGCCCCAGCCGGAGGGAGGCCUCCACCGUCCCGAGCCCCUGCGGUGGACGAUGGCGGUAGCCCGGGGCCUGCCGGAGGAGGAGGGCCUCCUCGUAGUCAAGCUGGAAGAAGACGGCCGCCGCGGAGAUGAGCCCAGCCCCGAGUCCUCCCGGCGACGCUUCAGACGUUUCCGCUACCGGGAAGCGGCCGGGCCCCGCGAGGCCCUCGGCCGACUCCGGGAGCUCUGCCGUCGGUGGUUGAGGCCGGAGAGGCGCACCAAGGAGCAGAUCCUGGAGCAGCUGGUGCUGGAGCAGUUCCUGACCGUCCUGCCGGAGGACAUCCGGGCUCGGGUCUGGGAUCGCCGUCCGGAGAGCGCGGAGGAAGCGGUGGCCCUCGUGGAGGAUUUGAAGCGCCAUCCCAGCGGACGGGGACCGCAGGUGGCCGUCCGGGUGCAGGGGCCGGACGUCCUCUCCGAAGAGCCCGGCUCCCCGGGAGGAGAUUGGAAGCCUCAGUGCGCCCAGUUAGACCCUGCAGGAGUGAAGCCAGAAGGGGAGCCCCGGGAGACGGUAACCCGAGAUCCGCUCCCGGCGCCAGAGGAGCCAGCGAGCCCCAAGGAAGAGCCUCGGAGUCUCCAGGAAAGUGCUGUGCUCGCCCGGGUACCUGCCCUGCCCUCGGUGAGGACUGCCAGUGACUGGGAGAUGGCGGCCGAAUCCCAGGAAGCCCCGGGCCACCUGAGCCCUGCUCAGAAGGACCUGUACGAGGACGGCAGGCAGGAGGAUGAGGCCAACGAGAUCCCUCUCGAGUGCCCCAUCCCCAGAUCCAGCCUCUCCCCGUUGGAGCCGGGAAGAGAGCCGCGGGAGCCCGACCUCCGGGGUUCCGGCCGGAGAGAGGACCCGCGAGGCUCCCCUCCGGCCGGAGGGCGAGCGAGACCCGACUCUCCGUCCGCAAGGAAGGAAGGGGACGGCUGGGAAGAGCAGGAGCGGCGGGACGUGGAGGACGCGAAGGUCUCGGGGGUGCUCUGGGGCUACGAGGAGACCAAGACCUUCCUGGCGAUCCUCGGCGAGCCGCAGUUUUCCGAAAGGCUGCGGGCCCGUCGCCGGAACCGCCAGGUCUACCGGGCCGUGGCGGAGCGGCUUUGGGAGCGCGGCUUCCUCCGGACGCUGGAGCAGUGUCGCUACCGGUUCAAAAACCUCCAGACCAGCUACCGCAAAGCGAGGAUCAGCCGCGUGCCCGCCGCCUGCGCCUUCUACGAGGAGAUGGGCACCCUGCUGAGGGUGCGCGCCUCGGCCCUGCCACGCAAGCAGCCCGUCCCGCCGCCCGGAGGCGGAGGUGCCCGGCCGGGAGAGCCCGGGAGGCGGGGGCGCGAGGAGAGGGGCCCGGAGGAGCCCGCCCGGGAGCCCGGUGGCCCCGAGGGCUCGGAGCUCGGGCUGAGAGCCCGUGAGUCCCGUGGCUGCUCUGGCUUUCCAGUUCCCCAGACGAAUGCGCCCCCACCCAAGAAGCCCGGGAAAGACCCACGGAAGCCGGGUCUUCCCGGGAACGAGGAGAGCGAGCGCUCCAGAGGGUCCCGCCUCAGGGAAGAGCGAAAAGCCCGCCGGAUCCCGUCGAGGAAGGAAGCGAUAAGCUGGGGUGACCAAGAGCAGGGCAGUCUGGAGGAUGAGAAGUAUGCGGGUGUGCACUGGGGCUACGAGGAAACCAAGAUUUUCCUGGCAAUCCUGGGCGAGGCCCCGUUCUCCGAGAAGCUCCGGACCUGUCACCGCAACAGCCAGGUGUACCGGGCCAUAGCGGAGCGGCUGCAGGAACGCGGCUUCCUCCGGACGCUGGAGCAGUGUCGCUACAGGUUCAAAAACCUCCAGACCAGCUACCGAAAAGCGAGGACCAGCCGCCCUCCGGGGACCUGCCCCUUCUACGAGGAGAUUGCUACCCUGAUGCGGGCCCGAGCGGCUGCCCGACCCGUAUAUUCCGUGAGGGAAGGUGAACUUCCUCCUCCUCCGCCGCGCCCGCGUCCUCCUGCUCCCCCUUCUCCCGUGAGAAGGGAUGCCGAGACGGAGGAGCUGGAGCGAGGAUCCCGGCGGCACCAGGAGACGCCGGCUGAGGCCGUGCCGGAGGAUCGCGACCGUGAGGAGGUGGAGCCGAGCCCGGAGCCCGAUAGCCCCGGCGCCUCGGCCCUGUUUCACAGCCGCACAGGUGUGCACUGGGGCUACGAGGAAACCAGGGCCUUCCUCGCCAUUCUCGGCGAGUCUCGCUUUUACGAGAAACUGCGAACCCGUCACCCGAACCGUCAGGUCUACCGGGCCGUGGCAGAGCAGCUCCGGGAACGUGGCUUCCUCCGGACGCUGGAGCAGUGCCGGACCAAGUUCAACAGCCUCCAGACGAGCUACCGGAAAGCCAGGAGCGGCCGCGUGCCAGAGACCUGUCCCUUCUACGGGGAGAUGGAUUCGCUGGUCAACGGCCGGGCGGCCGCCGCGCCGGCCGGCCCGCCGACGGUGGUGGCGGACUCCUCCGGGAGGCUGGGGCCGGGAGGCCGCGACGACUGGCAGAGGGUGGAGGUCGCGGGCGAGACCCCGCUGGACGGAGGGGACGGUGACCGCACGGGUAUCGGGCAGCUCGCCCGGGACCCCAAGAGCCCCAGGACUCCAAGUCUUUUCCGAGGCUGCGGCGAAUUGAGCAUCAAGAGGAAGAACCAAGAAGAGAGUCCAAAGCGGGACCUUUCUUGCAAAGCGGCACCACGUGGGAUAUUCUCAGAAAAGUCUGAAAUGCCCAAGCUUCCGAACUGGGGAAAAGCUUGCGAAAAUGAGUACGUAUUGGGCAGACAGUGGGAGAAAUACCCGGGAAAGAGAUCGGGGAAACCCGCCUGCCCAGAGGAAUUGCAAGCCUUCUUAGUUCAGAAGGUGACCUCCCCUGAAGGGAAGCCGUACAAAUGUCUGGAAUGUGGAAAAAGCUUCAGUUGGAGGUCUCACCUCGUCACCCAUCAGCGAAUCCACACCGGAGAGAAACCCUACAAGUGUCUCGAAUGCGGGAAGAGCUUCAGUUGGCGGUCACACCUCAACACCCACCUGCGGAUCCACACGGGAGAAAAACCCUACAGAUGCCUCGAAUGCGGGAAGGACUUCAGCGACGGGGCGGGCCUCACGGCCCACCGGAGGAUCCACACGGGGGAGAAGCCCUACGCCUGUGACGUGUGUGGGAAAAGCUUCAGACUCAGCCCCAGCCUGGUCGUGCACCAGAGGAUCCACACCGGGGAGAAACCCUAUAAAUGUAGUGAGUGUGGUAAAGGUUUCAACAACAGCUCUCACUUCAGUGCUCACUGGCGAACGCACACGGGGGAGAAACCCCACGAAUGCCCCGAGUGCGGAAAGAGCUUCAGUAAAGGCUCUGCCCUCACCAAACACCGGAGGAUCCACGUGCGGGAGACGCUCCCGCUGCAGCCUCGGCUGAACUGCCCCCCGGGAACCCCUUGUGGGAGGGAUCCCGUCAGCGUAUUAAGUUUGGGAAGACCCGCCGGCAAAGAACGCACCUUCUAGCCCACGGAAGACACCCCUCGUCGAGGAAAAAUGCAGCCCACGGGAUCCCAGAAGUCUCCUGCCGGGUGUGAAGCCAAGCUCGCCAAAGGGGCAGCGGCCCGGGCGCGUAGGUCGACGCCCUUUGCCCUUGCCAGCCGGGUGUCUUCGACUCACCGCACGGAUCUCUGUCCUCCUCCUCUGUGCCGGUACAACGUGGGGGAAGAAUUCUGCUAAAGACAUCGCCUCCUUCUUCCUCCCUCUAUAUAGCAACGCUCGGUCCUCGCUAUGUAGAGGUCGCACUUCGAGGGCUAAAUGUAGCUCUUUCCCUAACCCUCCCGUCUUGGACUACGGCAGGGGUCUCCGGUCCUUGGUACUGUUACCCCGCUCGGUGAAUAAACCACUUAAUUAGAUUCAAAGCAUUGGGCUGGGCCCCAGAUAGCGGGAAAGUGACAAGAGAAACCAGGAGAUGACUUUCCCAGUUUGCAGUCGGGUUGGCCCGGGUGGGGAGAGAGAUUUUUUUUUCCAUUUUGUACAAGGCAGCGAGAGCAGCGAUGCUUCCGACCUGUGAUUUUCGGUCUCGUGGCGGGGCGGCCGAGGGCGGAGUCGCGGAUCCCAGCAGCAGCAGAUCAGAUAGCGGAGUUUCAGGGAUCGAGCCGGGCUAGAGCACCGUGCGGCCCGAGGGUCUGAGUUCCGAGCCAAGCCCGAGAGCCGUAAAUCCAUCCUUGGCCUAAGAUCAGGCUGGGCCCGAGGGAAUCCCGAGUCGGACUGGGGGAGUAAAAGCAGGGUGCGGUCCCCCGUGGGCUGCUGGAACUCAUCCCGGGGAGACGUGAAUUCGUAGAUGUGUAUGAUAAGACCUCGGUCGCGCCUACGGGAAGCCAUCGGGCCCGGGACGUGCCCAUCAGGGGGCCGCCAGGGAAACGAUGGCCUAGCUUGGGGCUUCAAGCCUUCCCCCGGGGCCCGCAGAAGUCGUGUCCCUCUUUGAAAUCUGGGAAUGCAGAAGGCGUGGGCUUCGCUAACUCAUCCUCCUUAUGUUAACCGCUACACAGAAUGAGGCCUUAGACUACGGUGAAUGUAAUCCCCGCUCUCUCUAUUACCCCAAUAAAAUAGUACUUAGCAUCCCUCGCC